GUGUGUUCCCUCAACAUCCUGCGUGAUUACGCCGCGCACCGAGGGUACUACCUCGCUGUCCUCAUCUGCGCGCUGGCCGCGUGGCUUAUCGAGGAUGCGACACACCCCGGGUCAGCCGUGGGUAGCGCCUGGUUGGGCUCGCUGGAGGCGGUGGUGCUGGGCCGUUGGGCAUCGCUGGGCGACUUCCCUGUCUGCCCGCCGGGCGACUCGCCCGCCGCGGUAAGGCUGCGCGAUGCUGCCGCCGUGUGGGAGCGGCACCCAUGGCUCGUCAAGUCCGAUGAUGUUCCCCGCCUAUCGUUCCCCUGCGCCACCACCCUCGAUCAGCUGGGAGACGCCCCUCGGGUGUCCGCGCUCCUUCCACCGGGCGAGGCUGGCUCAUCGAGUGGCGACAUGAGCGAGUGA